AUGUCCGACGUCAAGCUGGACUCCGCUGUCUUCUUCAAGCGCGCCAGUAAGAUCUUUGACGCGCUGGAGAAACCAUUGGGGGACACAGCAGAACUCGCACAAGUCGAUGCGAUCCAGAUCUUUCUCGGCGACGCAGGUGACGACUCGGCGUCAUUCAACAAGACCGCAGCGCUCCAGACCUACUUGUUAGGCUUCGAGUUCCCUUCCACGAUCAUCAUUGUCUGGAAGUCGUCCAAGAAGAUCACGUUCGUGUGCAGCUCGUCAAAAGCGAAGAUCUUGCGCCAACUUCAGUCACAACAAGGGAUCGAGAUCGACGUGAGAGUGCGCGCCCCGAAGGAUGAAUCCACGGCUCGCGUCAUCCCUGACCUCAUCCUGUCGCUCGCCGACAUGAAGCUCGGCGUCAUUCCCAAAGACAAGACGAGCGGCAAGCUUUCCGAUGAGUGGAACACAGCCAUUGCGGAAGCCAAAGGAGGCCUCCAGACUGUGGACGUCACUGUUGCUAUGUCGGCCGUCCUUGCCGUCAAGGACCAGGACGAGAUUGACGCGACCGUCACUGCUGCGCGCUUAGUCUCGACGUGUAUGGAGAAGUACUUCAAGUCGAAGAUGGAGGCGUUAAUCGACCGUGGCACGGAGAUCACCCACGAGGCAUUCUCUCAACUGGUCGAGGAGAAGAUUGGCAACGACGACAAGGGUGCGGACAUGAAGCUGUGGAACAAGAAUCCUAAGCUGGCGAACGUCGACUUUACCAACACUGACUGGGUCUACUCGCCCAUCAUCCAGUCGGGUGGCGAGUACGACCUGCGUGUGUCGGCAUACUCGAACGAGAACCCCCUCAAGCCUGGCGUCAUCCUCUCCAGCCUGGGCAUUCGCUACAAGUCAUACUGUGCUAGCUCCGCGCGGACAUUCAUGAUCAACCCCUCCAAGAAGCAGGAGUCCAACUUCUCCACUCUAUUGGACGUGCGCUUAGAGGUGAUCAAGAUGUGCAAAGCAGGUGUGGCCGUCAGAGACCUCUACAAUACCGCCCACGCGGCGUUCCAGGAGCGCGGACUGGGCGGACACUUUCCCAAGAACAUUGGGUUCGCGUGUGGACUUGAGUACCGAGACAGCUCCUUCUUACUUGCCCCUAAGAAUGAGCGUAAGCUGGAGACCAACAUGACCCUGGUCAUCUCUCUUGGAUUACAGGAUCUUCCCGACAAGAACGGCAACUACAGUCUUCUCCUCUCUGACACCGUCCAGGUCGGCCCGAACGCCGGCACCUCUCUCACCGAGGGCUGCGUCAAGCUGCGUGACGUGGUCAUGGAGCUGGACGACGAGGACGAGCCCGAGCCUGAGCCCAAGCCCAAGCCCAAGGCGGCUGCCGCCAAGCCGAAGAAGUCUGUGAGCAACGGGACCACGAAGUCGCCAGCCAAGACUCGCGGUGCUGGAACUGUCAAGGCGACCCGUGGAGCUCAGCGCGAGCAGGUCGAAUCGACGACCGAACAACGUAUCAAGCUCCACCAGCAAGAGUUACACGCGCAGCGCAAAGCCGCUGGCUUGAAGAAAUGGGCCAACGGUGGCAAGGGAAAUGACGAGGGCAGUGGCAAGGUCAUUAAGAAGUUCGAGUCGUACAAGCGUGAGGAGCAACUUCCCAGCAUUGUGUCCGAGCGGCGAAUCUAUGUUGACGAGGGACGUCAAUCGGUCGUCUUGCCCAUCAACGGCUUCGCGACACCUUUCCACGUCUCGAUCAUCAAGAAUGUCUCCAAGAUUGAGGAGGCCGAGCAUCUUGCCCUGCGCAUCAACUUCCAGUCGCCAGGUCAGAUUGCGGGCAAAAAGGAGGACAUGCCCUUCGAGGACCCCGACGCCACGUUUGUGCGUUCCCUCACGUUCAGGUCCAAGGACAAGCGUCACAUUGAAAAAGUCUUCACUCAGAUUUCUGAGCUGAAGAAGGCGGCGACCAAACGCGAGGCUGAGCGCAAGGAGAUGGCGGAUGUCAUCGAGCAGGAGCGACUGAUUGAAAUCAAGGGCCGGCAUCCGUACGUGCUCAAGAACCUCUUCCCCCGCCCAAACAUGGAGGGCAAGAAGAUGGAUGGCAAUCUCGAGAUACAUUCCAACGGCAUCCGCUUCCGUCCCGACACCAUGCCCGGCAAGACCCCAGACAAGGACCACAAGAUCGACUUGCUGUUCAGUAACAUGAAGCAUUUGUUCUUCCAGCCCAGCGAGAAGGAACUCAUUGUGCUCCUGCAUGUCCACCUCAAGGCGCCAAUCAUGAUCGGCAAGAAGAAGACAUGGGACGUCCAGUUCUACCGCGAAGUGUCCGACAUGAACUUCGAUGAGACCACCGGCAAGCGACGCAAGGCUCGCUACGGCGACGAGGACGAGAUCGAGCAGGAGCAAGAGGACCGCCGGAGGCGCGCCGAGCUGGACAAGAUGUUCCAGGCGUUCGCAAAGCGCGUCUCGGACGCCGCCCAGCAACAGCAGUACGAGAUCGAGGUCGAUGUGCCGUUCCGCGAGCUCGGCUUCAGCGGUGUGCCACACCGCACCAACGUCACAUUAAUGCCGACGACCGACUGCCUCGUCCAUUUGAGCGAGAUGCCGUUCACUGUCAUCACGCUCUCAGAAAUCGAGACCGUCCACUUUGAACGUGUCCAAUUUGGCCUUAAGGCGUUCGACAUGGUGUUCGUGUUCAACGACUUCAAGAAGGCACCAACCGCGAUCAACUCGAUUCCCGUCGUACACUUGGACAAUGUCAAGGAGUGGCUUGACUCCGUCGACAUUCCUAUCUCUGAGGGUCCCGUCAACCUGUCAUGGCCUCAGAUUAUGAAGACGAUUAACGACGACCCAUACGAGUUCUACAGUAUGGGCGGCUGGGAGUUCCUCGUGGGCAACGGCGAGUCGGAUGCGGAGGAUGAGAGCUCCGAGGGCUCCGUGUUCGAGGACGAGAGCGACGACUUUGACGAGGAUGAGAGUAACUCGGAGUCGGACUUCUCUGACGAUGACGACGACGACUCGGAUGGCAGCGGCGGUGACUUCUCCGACGAGAGUGGCGAGUCGUGGGACGCGUUGGAGCGCAAGGCCAAGCGCGCAGACGACAAGCGUGCCGACGAGUUCUCAGACGACGACCGCAAGAAGAAAAAGAAUGGAGGUCGCCGCUAG